AUGCAGCUAAAGACGUGCGGGCUCCUGGCCCUCGGCGCCAUCGCCUCCUCUGCUGAUGCAUUCAGAGACACAUCUCCGUUCUUCCUCUUCUCGACCAACAGCUUCAAAACACAGUCCUCCCAACUCCAAUCCGCGAGCUCUCUACUUUCAUCGGUCUCGACGGAACUCUCUUCAUGUCCCUCAGACUUUUAUAUUCUAGUCUCCCAGCCCGGCGUGCAUAUUCUAGACUUCAGCAACCGGAGAUCAGCUCCGCGACUACGAGAACGAGUAUUGCAGAAGGAUGAUCUUAUCAAGUCGAGCUUUUCCGUUAGUGAGGUGGUUGGCGAGUUCGAUGCUGCAUCACUACAAAAGCAGCUAGAGAAGGAGUGCAAGGCCGAGACGAUUGUGGUUAACGGUGAUGUCCUUCCAUCAGGAUAUAAGCACCGACCACAGGUUAUAAUGGUUGAAUUUCCUGCUCUACCGACAGAUAUCAGCAGGUCGAGUCAGCUCGUUGAAAACGAUGGAUUCCUUGCGACCUUAAUCGACCUGCUUCCAUCCUCCAACUAUACCGUCCUAUACACAACCAGUCCACGGGGAACUGAGCCAAUCGCUGAAGCCGAUAUUGGCCACUUCGAGAUGGGUGGUAACCCUCUCCAGAACCCCCUCACCUUCAAGCGUGAGUUCCAGGGUCGAGCUUCACACGACGAUAAGCACAAGAACAAGAAGAAGGGCUCUUUGUUCACCGACUACCAGUUCCUAAGCCCAGGUCUUUUCAUGGGCUUGAUCACCACUGUCAUCCUAGGUACUAUUCUCUAUGUCGGUCUUUCUGCCUUGAACAGUCUGCAGGUCUCGUACGCGUCUUUUGAUAAGGAGAAUGGGCCUGCUGGCGCUGCUGGCAAGAAGCAGCAAUAA